AUGGUGAACGUGCGAUUUCCAGCGGUUGGCGGCCAUGUAGGGUCGAUCUUUUACGGCGAAAACACCGCUGAAGGUUACACAACGCUACAAAAGUCCACCACCGCAUGGGAGAUAAUUUAUUAUAUUGGCAUGUAUUUCUCCAAGCAGUUGCUAUUGCGGCCGAUUAUUUGCGAUAUUUCUUCAUCUUUUUUGCGCUCGAUGGAGGGGCUAAAACUGUUUACCCCUCGUUUCUUCGCCGCGCGCGUUCCUGAAGCCUGGGCUCCGCGCUCGGAUGCGCUACGGCGUGAAAUCGAGAGGCUUGGUGGGAUGCAGUUGAUAACGCGUGUGUGGCUAAAGGCGUCAGACGAAGCGCUGGAGGAGUUGUGGAUUUUUCUUUUUCUUGAGUUAUUUGAGGGGUCCUCGUGCGUGCGGGGGUGGAGCGAGGCAUAUGAUCAGACGCGAUGGGGCCUUAGUCUCGUAGAUGAAACAUCAAGUGCCCAGGAGCCUGCGGUGAUGGAUGUCAAAAUUGGCACUUUACGAUACUCUCCUCACACACCUAAAGAAAAGGUAACGAGGAUUGAUCGCAAGGAGGAGGGUGCGCUCUGCCGUAAAGUCGCUCUGCGGCUGUGUGGAUUUCGACGUUUUAUCCACCCCAGCCCACCGGAUGCUUUGCAUACUCCAACAAAAGUUGAGGAGUUGGAGAAGCAAUUCGGCUUUAGCAUGCGUGAAGAUGAGCUUUCUGCGGUACUACGCUGCUUCCCAUCAACGGUGGUUGGUCUACUCGAGGGGAAAUCUACCACUGGUGUACCGCGGUGCCCUCAUCACGUGUUUGUAAAGGACUGCCUGAACAGUAUUACGCAGGAUCGACGGAGCGCCAUGCAAGAAGUGGUUGAGGGCCUCCUUUAUUUUUUUCAGGAAACUACUGAGGGGCAGUAUUUAAUCAACGUCAUGGCCUUUGUUUCGACGAGCUUAUUAUUUCUGUACGACGCCGCAGGGGGUGCCAAAACGGUAAAGGUAUGUUUGAUAGAUUUUUCUCGCUCAAGCUGUCGGCACUUGAACUACGACGAGGAAACUAUUGGGUUUAUUAAAGGGCUUCAGAACAUGGUGCAAUAUCUAAACAUACCUGUCUGCCCACCUAAAGAUUCGAUUCAACCUGACAAAAAGGAUGGAUCAUAA